CAUGGAUCUACUUAUUAUUUUCCAUCAAUAGCAAAGAAUGGUGCUUGUUUCUGAUACUUACCGGGCUCUCCGGCCGAAAUUAUCCAAAGAAAAGAGAUCAUUCAAAUGAAUUCUUCUAAUCCUCAUUUCCCGUUCAAGUCCCCCAAACCCUAAUCAAUCAAACCCGAUUUCUGUCGUCGUGUAUUGGAAUCCUAUUACCACCUGCAAGUCUACAGCAAGAAUUCUGACCGCGGAGCGGAUCGAUUUCGUGUUUAAGAGGGAUAUUUUUUCUGGAUUAAGGUGCGCGGCUAUGGAUCCCGAUGGGCUAACGCCAGCCCGGGAUGAUGUUGGUUCCGGCGGUGCUUUUCGGAAGCCGUCUAGUGAUGCUGCUCACCGGAAAUACCGGCGUCGGUCUCCAGCUGGCGGAUCGUCCUCCGACGGUAGUCCUGCGCGGGAGAGAAGCUUGAGUCCAAUUCCAAAUAGGAAAUAUCGUGAUAAAAAUGCUGAUUCUCGGCGAAGAAAGGAUGAUGAGAAGGAAGGGAGAGACAAUGAAAGGAGUUGGGAGUCACCCAGAUAUUCUGACCGACAAUCCUCUAGGAAUUCUCUUAGUCACCGCAAGCAUGAUAGUAAUACAAGGAAUUGCAAUGGAGAUAAUGGUGAGAGGGAUUAUUCUAAGUUAUAUUCUCAUCACCAUCGGGACUCAAGUGGAAGAGAUUAUUCUGAUAGAGGCAGUUCUAGUAAGAGGUAUUCUAACUCUGGCAUUGAAGAUGGUAUGCAUCGAGAAAGGGAUAUGCGUAAGGAGUAUAGAAGUAGGCAUGAUGAGAAGAAGGAUCAUAAAAGGAACGUGGAGUUGGAUGGUGAAAAGUACACCAAAGAUGAUAAAAAUAAAUUUGAUAACGAGGAAAAGCUCAAGGAGAGGCACAUUCGUGAAAAAGAUAAGUAUGAAGACAGAAAGUUUUCGGCAAGGAGGUCCAAAUUUGAUGAUAUUGAUGGUGUCAGCACAGAACACGGAAAAGAUGAUCUGAAGCCAGUAAUGGCAGACAAAAAACAAUCUUCAAUUUCAAAGCAAGGGCACAUGCCUUCUAGUGAAGUCACUUUGGAAGCAGGCGUGAAAGAUUCUGAUAUAGAUGUCGCAAAAGUUGCUGCCAUGAAGGCUGCUGAAUUAGUUAAUAAGAAUCUUGUUGGGACUGGUUACUUGACUGCUGAUCAGAAGAAGAAGCUAUUAUGGGGAAAUAAAAAGAGCACGGAUAAUACUGAAGAGUCUGCUCGUCGCUGGGAUACAUCAAUGUUUGGUGAUCGUGAACGCCAGGAAAAAUUCAACAAGCUCAUGGGUGUGAAGGGUGACACAAAGACGGAGCAUAAACCAGACGUUCAUGAUGCAGAUAAGCAGAAGGAGCUCCAGAUGGAGUUGGAGAAGCAGUACACUGCUGGGCUUCGUCGAAGAGAUGGCCGUACGGUUGGGUUAGGACUCUAAGAAACUCUCUCCUUUGUUGUCCGCAUGGAUUUCUAGACUUGGGCAAAACUAGUUAUUAAGGCUCUGUUUGGAAUAACAUUCAAUAUUUAUCUAGCGUUAGCGUUUUGGACCAUUUAUCAACGCUUCAGUUGUCUAGAUCAGCUUCCAAAAAAGCUAAAGCUAAAAGUUAUGCUUGGAUAGCAUCUUCAAAACGCUAGCGUUAAACUCCAUUGCUAAUGCCAAACAGGCCUUUAAGUGAUUGUACUAGCGUUAAGUUUUUUCUUGUGGUUCUCUGAAGUCACUUUCAAUCUUUUCUCCCACCUCGCGAAGAUUUUUAGUGAUGUCGGGAUGUUAUUGUUAUAUGUAUCCUUCCCCUCUAUUUCUUAAGCAAAUUGAUAGUCGUGUCAUUCAAUAUCAUUCUCCUUUACUACACAUGAUGACUGGCAUAAUGGGAUUAUGAACCAAAAAAAGAAAAGCAAAGUUCACAAGGACAUUUGCCUCUGAAUAGUUAAGCAAUAUACUAGCUCUUAAUGG